CAAUAUUUUGAAACGCUGUUCAUCUGACAACACCCACAGUACUUGUGUUUAACGCUGCCAUUGAAACGAGUGAACAGGGUGUUGUUCUGAACCUCCAGCACACAAUAAGUCAUAAUAAAGAGCGCUGAAUCAGAUACGCAUGACACUGAGGGACUUCAUCUUUGUCAGGUAAUAGGUCAGUAUCUGUUAUACUGUGGGAUAGAUGCACAAUUUGUUGUUUGACGGACAACAGCAGGCCCGCAAAAGCACUGGAUAGGGUGUCAGUAUAAAAGGAGAGAAGUACUGAAAUCAGCAGUUGGGGGUCAUUCAAAGCUUGGGAGGUGAGGAAUUAUCACGGGCUUUCACAAUAUUUUGGACGCUUCUUUUUUUACAGCGCUGACAGAAUGGCUCAGUUAUUGUGGGCAUUUCUUGUGCUCGCUGCAACGAUUAAAGAUACAUUGCCGCAAAGGAUCAUUGGGGGUCAAGAGGUCGUGCCUUACUCUGUCAAAUACCAGGCGUCUCUUCAGGUUGACAGGAAGCAUUACUGUGGAGGAACACUCAUUCAGCCUCAGUGGGUGUUGACUGCUGCCCACUGCUGGAGACCGGCCAGUGUGAUUCAGGUGGUGCUGAGUGAACACAAUCUUGCUGUAGAAGAGGGAUUUGAGCAAGUGCUUAACGUGUCCAGAGUCUAUAGUCAUUUUGCCUACAAUCCAAAAACUUUUAACAAUGACAUCUUGCUCGUUAAGCUCAGUGUUCCAGCCCAGAUUAACGCUUAUGUUCAACCGGCCACACUGCCAACCAUAGACACGCCUGAGUUAUAUGGAGGAACCAGCUGCACCGUGAGCGGAUGGGGAGUGACACGAAUAUACAGCUUCUAUCUGUCACCGAUUCUGCGUGCAGUGGAUGUGUCGAUCAUGAGCUACUGCCAAUACUACUACUACUACAGAGUCAACGACAACAUGGUUUGUGCGGGCUCUCGCUUCGGGGGAAAAGACGCCUGCCAGGGCGAUUCAGGCGGUCCUCUCAUUUGUGAUGGGACUUUAGAAGGCAUUGUGUCUUGGGGAAUCGGCUGUGCUCUUCCGUACUAUCCUGGAGUCUACACAAAAGUGAGAAACUACAGCCGCUGGAUCGACUGGAUCAUCAACUCUGACAGCUGAAAUAUAGGUUCAACUGAAUGUGGGAGGGCUUUCCUUCAAUCAGAAUUAAGGAAAAGGUGUACUUUGGCAAUAAAUCCUGCUUCAAGUACUGAUGCUUUCACGUUAUUGCAUCCAGAGAAUCGAUAAUUAUAGAUUAA